CAUCCUUAGCUAAGCAUUAAGCACCAACAAGUAAACCUCUCUUCCUAUCUUAAAUCCUUUGUGCUCUUAACUUCACUAGUACCACACAAUGGCCAUUGUAGCAACCUCUGCCAUCUCUCUUUUCUUCUUUCUUCUUAAUCUAUGCCUCCGAGGUACUUAUGGUAACUAUGGAGGAGGAUGGCAAGGUGGUCAUGCCACAUUUUAUGGUGGGGGAGAUGCAUCAGGCACAAUGGGUGGGGCUUGUGGUUAUGGAAACUUGUACAGCCAAGGGUAUGGUACUAACACUGCAGCACUCAGCACAGCACUAUUCAACAAUGGCUUGAGUUGCGGUUCUUGCUAUGAGAUGAGAUGUGACAGUGACCCCAAAUGGUGCCUUCCCGGUAGCAUUAUCGUCACUGCCACAAACUUCUGCCCUCCUAACUUUGCAUUGUCUAACAGCAAUGGUGGCUGGUGCAACCCUCCUUUGCAACACUUUGAUCUGGCUGAGCCUGCUUUCUUGCAAAUUGCUCAAUACAAAGCUGGAAUUGUUCCUGUUUCCUUCAGAAGAGUCCCCUGUGUGAAGAAAGGAGGAAUCAGGUUCACCAUCAAUGGUCACUCAUACUUCAACUUGGUUCUGAUCACAAAUGUUGGUGGUGCUGGAGAUGUUCACUCUGUGUCCAUCAAAGGGUCUAGGACAGGGUGGCAAACCAUGUCAAGAAACUGGGGGCAGAAUUGGCAAAGCAAUGCCUAUCUCAAUGGCCAAAGCCUCUCUUUUCAGGUCACCACAAGUGAUGGCAGGACUAUCACUAGCAACAACAUUGUGCCUGCUAAAUGGCAAUUUGGACAGACAUUUGAAGGGGCACAAUUCUAGAUAACCUAAGUUCACAUUUGUGUGUAAUAUAUGAUUCCAUUGUUCUCUUGUUCUGUUAAACAAAACAAAAAUUGUUCUCUUGUUUUGUUAUAGUUGGAAAGGGUGGGGGAAGAGAAAAGGUAGAUUAGGAGGAGUUCUGGCCAACAUGGCCCCUAAUGCUGUGGUGGCUAUAUGGCACCCGCUAGGCUUAAUAUUAUAUAUAGUCCUUUUAUUUUCUGAGAUAUCCCAUUGAUCAAUGCCUUUUCAUGAAGUAAAAGGUGUUGAUGAUAUCAAUUGCAUUGUAUAUUUGAUCCCCACAGUGGUAUGAAACCAAUUUGGGGGUGAUUUUAUAUCAUUUCAUGAUGCUUUUUUAUUGCAA